AGCUCACCUGUUGUUGGCGCGGCUGACUUGGGGCGUUCAGGUACUCCCCCUGGCUUACAACGCACAAGGACACAAAAUGGAGAGGAAACUACCUGGCUGAGGAAAACCAGAGUUACGUUCAUUAUUAUGCAUAAACUGCAGUUUUAUCAGUGUGUUUAAGGAAUUAAUAAUAAUAUAGGUCGACUGAACCCUCGAGGAAAGAGGAUCAAACAUGCUGUGGACUUUAAUCAUCGCGGCCUUGAUGGCAACAGAGACCACCAUGGCUAUCUCGGUCCAGUGUCCCACCAAGAGGUACAUCGUCAUCCUCUUCCAGCCCGUCACCCUCAUCUGCAACUACCAGACGACCGCCACCCAGCCGGCCGUCGUCACGUGGAGAUACAAGUCAUAUUGCCGCGACCCCAUCCAGGCCGCGUUUAAUCCCAACAGUGCAGAGAACAUCCUGUCACAGAACAACCCCAACUACGACCCCAACAUCGAGUGUGCCGACAGCCAGAGGACGGUACGCAUAGUGGCCUCCAAGCAAGGCAACGCCGUUACCCUCGGCUCGGAUUACCAGGGGCGCAAGAUCAGCGUCCUAAACAACGCAGACCUGAAUAUCGCCCAGACGGCAUGGGGCGACAGCGGCGUCUACGUCUGUUCUGUGGUCUCAUCCCAGGACCUUUCGGGAAACAGCGAGGACUACACCGAGCUAAUUGUACUCGAGAGAAAGUCAAAUACUACUGACCUCCUGCCUGGCAUUGACUUACUGGUUAUGGAAGACUGGCUCCUGGUUGUUUUGGUGGUUGUGGGCUUGCUUUUGCUGCUGCUCCUGAUCGGGAUCUGCUGGUGCCAGUGUUGUCCACACACCUGUUGUUGCUACAUCAGCUGCCCCUGCUGCCCCGAACGCUGCUGCUGCCCACGAGCAUUGUACGAGGCAGGAAAAGCAGUGAAGAAAGGUGGUAUGCCAAUGAGUCAAUAUGCUCCCACCCUCUAUGCUCCCAGUAUGUAUGCUCAGCCGGCAUACGGUGGCCCGCUAGUUAAUCACCCUGGUAUACCCAUGCUUCCUCUACCCAACGGAGCUGGACAACCACAUCCCCAGAAUGGUUACAUCCGAGAAUAUGAUGGCGCAAGCUCGGUUGGACAGGGCUCCCAGGUGCCUCUGCUUCAUGACCAAGACGGGGGAGUGGACCACACUCGCAGUGGGUAUCGUAUCCAGGUGGACCCCGACGGGAACGCCACACGUGCCAUCUACUACAUGGAGCGGGAGCUGGCCAACAUGGACCCUUCCAGACCUGGCAACUACAACCGCAUGGACAAUAUGACCGAAGUCAGUUCCCUGCACGAUAGUACGGAGCCUCGAGGCCGCGGGGGUCGCUCCCAGCCGCCACCUCUGGCCACCGUCUACGACAGGGAUGAAGCCAUGAGCACCAUCAGCAGCGUGUCCCAGCAAGGCCGCCGCCGUGACGACAGCCCGCGUCACGGUGGAGGCUACAUGGAGGGUCGUGUACGGGCCCGCUCCAUGGACAACCUUGACGACAUCGGACGGCGCAACGGCCGAGAUGACUACCCACCACAACGGCGCCCGGAGGACUUCAGAGGCAGGAGAGGCUCUGAUGACGGGUGGAGCAGCAGCGCCCGCAGCGGCAACAGCCGUGACUUGGAUGACCGCAGGCGCCGUGACCCCUCCCCGGAUGAUCGUCGGAGAAGGGAUGGAGGGGGCUAUGGGGGCCUCCCAGGGAGACGCAGCCGCAGCCGUGACGACCUGAUGGACCUGGAGAGGGAUCGCCAGCACGUCGGCGACGCCAGGGGCCGCCGGGACGACUACGACGACAGCUUCCUGCGAGAAGCCAUGGAGAGGAAGAAGAUGGGCGAGCAGCAGAGGGCACGCAGCCGGGAGCGACUGGACAGCGAGAGCGACCGCUCGGAUCGGGGGAGGGCUCCACGCGGGCCCCCACCGUUGCCUCAUGCCCCGCCCUCUGGACACCCCGGUCGCCAUGACAACUACCCGCCUCCUCCGCUACCACCCUACAGUGAAGAUGAAAGUGUGUCGUCUUCCAAGAAAAGCAACCUCCGCAAGAACGGAGCUGUGAGUCGGGAGAGCCUGGUGGUGUAAAACCAACCAUGACGUGAGCAACCUGUCCAGUGAUGCAGCUCUGGACCAGUAAAUUUCUAAGACUGUAAAUAUUAGUCACACUGCUUAUACGCUGUGCUGAUUUUUUUUAUUUUUAUUGCAUCAUUUACAGUAAAUUUGUUGAUGUUGAAUGUGUAUGUAUCCUUUUUUUAAACAGGAAAGAGGUGCACAGAUGAAAUGUUUUGUGCCUUUUCAUGUGUGAAACAUUGUGGCUGCCACAAGUGCCUUAGAGUGUACAGAAUUUUACUUGUAGAUGUGAAAGUCGAGUUGUUAAAUGAUUCUCUGUAAAGGUGUUUACAUCUUGACGAGUAAACAUGUUCCGAUUGGUUUAAACUUUUUUUUUUAUAGUUUCAGUUACCUGUUACAGGUACUGAUGUAGAGUUGUAGGGGGUCUAUAGGUUCUUCUGGCUUUUUACUUUUGAAAAAACAUUUUGUUUUUAUAAGAAAAUAUUGUACAUUUAAAGGAAUUUAUUUUAUCUUUGCUUUUUGUUUUUAGUUGUGUUUGAGUGUUCUGAAUGUAUUCAGAAACCGGGUGAACAAAAGUCUUGGUUAGAAUUUGUAUUUUUGUUCUCACAUUUAAUUUUUGUUGUCUUAUUUUUUUUUUUUAAAUAAAUCACUUUUAAAUUCCAGUAUGUUGUACAGGCGACCAGUAAUAUACUCUGAAAACGAAAAUGUUUAUUGUGAAGUGAUGAAACCUAAUUUUACAAUAAAGGUCCCUAUUUCCAA